UUCUUUAAACACCCUGUCACUUCUUUUGACAUUCAUCAAAUGCAUUAAGUUAUAUUGUUGUAUUUUAUUAAGUUGAGCGAAUGCUAUGAGCGUUUAUGUUGUGGUGAAAAAGUAAACAUGUAUCUAAAAUCAUUUUUUGCGUAGUUUUGAUUUAUUUGUUGAAUAUGCGGUAUAAAUAACGUAAGUAAUGAAACAAUAUUAUUUAUAAUAACUUACCCUGAACGCCUCAUAGCGCAUUCAAAUGUAGAGCUAUUGUUAAAAGAUAAAAUGAUAUCUGACAUGGCAUGACUCAAACGUUUCGGUUACAAAGAUAUCAUAUCGCACAGCAGGAUUACGUGUAUUAUAUUUGGUGUAUAUUUUACUUUCAUUUACAAAUGUAAAAUAUUGUUAUUUUAUUUAAAGACAAGCAUGAUGAGGAACAUCUAUUUGAUAUCCUUGACUGUGGCUUUAACUUCGUUUCUCGUUAAAGCAGGAUUCGCAAACAGGGCAGAGUCAACACUUCGUGAACUAGGACACUAUGAUGGUAUUCCAGACUGCUAUAGGGUCGGCCUUCAAAAGGCAGAGACUUUGAGAGAUAGUUUACAGAGCAGAGAUGCAUUGUUUGCGGUUAUUCUAAUUAAUAUGUAUUCUAACCCGAAUUGUUAUCUGUUUAAAACAAAACAAGGUGGACUUUUCAAUGAGAAAUUAAAUAAAGAGAUACAAAACAAUUAUCAGAGAGACGCAAACUCUAGGCUAUGGAUACAGGUUGGAAAUCUUGUGAAUAAAGCAACUGAGCUUCUGGGGAUAAAAACAUACCAAGCGGUUUAUCGCGGCUGUUCGCACAAUCCUGACCUGUCUCGGACCGAAUUUAGUUUUCGGAGAAUAACAAGCACUUCCAGGGACCCCCAGGUCGCAGAUUUCUACACCGGUGGCGAAACAUUUAUAAUAAUUGAAGGUGCUCGCGGUUUAGAUAUGCAUAGAUAUUCUCAGAUCCCAGACGAAGCUGAAAUUAUUCUACAGUCCACAAACAUCUAUUUAAUUGAAGAAUACACAAGAAAUAAAACAGAAAUACGGGAAAAAAUUGAUAAAGUAUUGCCAGGAAUGCAGCAGGUGAAACUGUUUGUUCGUUUACGCCAAAUACAUCGGAGAAAUUUUAUUUCUCGUCUGAUAGAAAACGCUUUCAGACUUUGGACAUAACAGUAACUUCAGUAGUUUGCUUUAGUCAAUAUAUAUAUAUGACUUGAAAUUGAACAGAGUUACACAAUAUACUGUGUACCUGUCAUGGCAAUGAGAAUAAAAUAUUUUCUGAAAAAGGAGUGUACCACUAAUUAAGAAUGUGACAUGUCAGUCAAGUAUUAGUGUUUUUGCCACUGACCGUUCCAAGGCGGUGCCCCACUGUGUUCCUUUGUUUGUUCGUUUUGUCCUUGUGUGUUGACUUUGUGUGCGCGCGUGUGUGUAUGCUUAUUGUUCGUCUUGUCCUUAUGUGUUGGCUUUGAGUGUGUGUGUGUGUGUGUGUGUGUGUGUGUGUGUGUGUGUGUUGUUCGUUUUGUCCUGAUGUGUAAGCUUUGAGUGUGUGUGUGUGUGUGUGUGUGUGUGUGGUGCACGCGUUUGCGUGCUGGGGGGUUCGUUUUGAGGAGGCUGCGCUUUUGGUGCGUGGCAUUCCCUGUUUGAUAUUUUUCUUUGUUUUUAGUGAUUCUAACAUUUUUUCAUUUGUCUUUUUAGACAAUAUUACGUUUAUAUAUCGAAAAUUGGAAUUUAGAAUGGAGAAAUAUUAGCCUAAAAGAAUCAGUCAUCACCAUCCAGCAGUGCAAUAUCUACCUUACAGCGGUUAAACAUAUCUAGAACAAGAGAAAAUAGAAUGCUAUUUCCUUAAAAUUAUCUUAUAUGAUAAUAUUUUAUACAGUUAUCUAAAUAUGUAGAAAAUUUCUAUCUUCAAAGUGUGUAUGUGUGUGUGUGUGUGUGUGUGUGUGUGUUCGGGUUUAACGUCUUUCUCAACAAUUUUUCAGUCAUAUGAGCAGUGAGCACAAUGCUUCAAAAUUUCCGUAAAAUAACAACAACACCACAGCAACCACAAUAAAAUAGUGCUAGUAACUUCCUCGCUUGGCGCUCAGCAUUAAGAGGAUAGUGCUAGGACUGGUCAGCCCAGUGUCAGUAUAAUGUGACUGGGUGGGGUAUCAUGCCACGUGUCUACGGCGUGAUAUUCCAGUGAGGCAGCACUAUAAAGUUGGGCAUUGUGCUCACUGCUGCAAGAAGACAACUGAAAAAUUGUUGAAAAAGACGUUAAACCCGAACACACACACUCUCAAACAUUGUGGAUCGUAUAACUACAGAAUUGUAAAAUGAAAUAAUUGUAGUACAUAAUAAAUAAAUUGUUGCUGCAUACAUAAGUCAUUUAAAUACUACUGAUUAAAGAACCAAGGACAAAGAUCUAAACGGAAUAUUCACGAUCAAAGAACCCUUUGAGGACACAGUGUGCACAGAAAUAGACACAUUUUAUCACACGAUGACAGUUACGCAAAGGAGCUGCAUUGAAACCAGUUAAAUGUGUACGAACCCAACCAUGUACCAAUGUUCCAGCCAGGUUAUGGAUGAACACAAUGAUUUAGUUUUGUCCCGCUAUGUUUACCAAUAAAACAAUGGAUGACGAUUUAUGAUAGCUUCAUUUCAUUGUAAAUAUCGGCUUAGAUAGCUUUCACAUUAUGACCAUAAUCAUUUCAAAAUAUCUGCAAUAACUUUUACCAUAUUGAAACAAUUGAGCAAAUUAAUAACUAGCUUUUAAGACAAGUCGAAGGAACGUUGUGGCGUAAGUUACCAUGGCAGCAAACACACAAUUAUCACUUCCAUAACUAUUAUUCUAGUUUUAAAUAAUUUCUUCUUAAAAAUAAAUUUAUAAUGUUAUUUGAUAUUGCUGCUCAUUUUAUUUUACAA